CAUCACUUUUCGUCUCGUUCAUUCCGCAAAGAUGUGACUGCAGGCCAUUUCACUUGCUGAUUUCGAAGCUUUGGCAGGUGGAAACUGUUUUGCUGCGGCCAAAACACCAACAUAUGCUCUUUCAUUCGUCGACCCGUUAGACAGGACUGAGUCUUGGAUUCUCAAUCAUCGGGCCACCGAGCGAGGUGAUCCGCCACACGUGACGGGCUCAGUAGUCCGUUCCCUUUCUUAAGCACUUACCCUCUCUCACGUUCGACCUUAUAAUCUCAGAUUCUCUCCACCUGGAACGCAUAACAUAGGCCCCAUAUCCACCACUUGGAAAAGCAUAAGGGAAAAUAAAGAAUAUGUCAUCUCGCUUCAUUUCUGCCGGCGCCAUCAACGCCGCCACCGGGGAACCCACCUCACCCCCAACAACAACAACAACAAGUACCACCACCGGCACCUCCAGUAGUAGUACCAGUGGCACCAACCCAAACAAAAGACAAGAAGAAUGGGCCGAAGCAACCCGACAACUAGAAGCCGAGAGACGGCAGCGCGCAGAAGCCAAUCUCGCCCGGACCGGCCCGGGGAGUGAGCAGAAAUCGCUGUACGACGUGCUGCAGGCCAACAAGGCGGCGAAACAGGCCGCGUUUGACGAGGCGCACCGCAUCAAGAACCAGUUCCGCCCGCUGGACGAUGAUGAGGUCGAGUUUCUGGACGGGGUGCGCCGCGGCCGCCAAGAGGAGGAGGAGCGUGUGCGGAGGGAGACGGAGGAGGGGUUGAAAGUGUUUCGUGAACGGACUAGGUUGCAGCAAUCUGGUGGAACAGCAGGUGGUGGUGGGGGUGGGGUUGGGGAGGGGGAGCUGGAAGAGAUGGUGAUGAUGGUUGGUUGGGAUACGGCUGGGAGGAGGAAGAAGAAGAAGAAGAGGGCGGGGAGUGGGGAGGAGGAGGGGGAGGGCGCUGGCGCUGGGAGGAAGAGGGUUAAGGGGUUGCCGUUGCCGUUGCCUGGUUUGAGGAGGGGGUCGAGUAAUGGGACCGGGACUGGGACCGGGACGGGGACUGCUGAGGGGGGUAUUGGUAAAGCUGUGGGUGAGGGGAAAGGAGAUGAUGACAAAGGGCGGUUAGCGCCUGCCGAUGGUCGACAAGGGGAACGGGACAAGGAAGAGCCAGGGUCGCGGGAUAAAGGGGGAAUCUCAGAGGCGGAGAAUUUACCCAAGGAGACAUCGGCGAUAGCGCCGGCGCAGGUCCCACCCGCUGGCCCGUCUAAGCCUGGGGGCUUACUGGUCGACUAUGGAUCUGACGAUGAUGAUGAGUGAGCUAGCCGACUCGGGGAUAACGGUGUAUGGCGAGUCGGCUGUGGCUGGCCAGGCCAGAAGGAGAAAAGGGCGGCCUUGGAGCCAUGCCAACAAGCAACAGUCUGUCAGGAUCUUUGGCUUGCUCUUCCCUGUACAUACAAUACAUAACAAUGCUGGCUUGGUCAUUAAGGGGGCGAACGAGGCAAGCUCAUUCUACCGGUGACCACAGCACCAGCCGGCGCUACAACACAGUUUUAGGGGUCUCCUGAUGUUGAAACCAUGGUCGAGCCAACUUUGUUAAUAAGUCCAGGGCAAGAGGGAGAACACUUGACCGGCUGUGUGGCACUUGUCUGUCCAUCUACCAAAGCACAAAAUGAACGCGUGGUCAGCGGCGCGCCGGAACGACGGCUCAAGGUAAUAUCUUCAGAGGACUCUCUGGUAG